CCGAAGCGCGUGUCCGAGUCGGAGGUGGACGCGUGGUCGGAGCCCGACCGCGCCGUCUCCAUGGCGCGCGUGGGGCUGAGCCCGCUGAGCGACCGGCGCGCCGCCGCCGCGGCCGCCGCCGCCGUCAGCGCCUCGUCCGACGACGAGCUGGACGACGUCAGCGCCGCCGGACGCGCAGGCAUUGUAGAUCCCUAUACAAGUGAUGAUACUAUUGACUCAUGUGCUGACAAAUUAGUGGAAUCUGAGGGUGAGCUGCACAGACUGCGUUCAAGAGUGGCUGACCUUGAGACACGAGUGUGUGAGAAGGACAAUGAAUUAUUAGAACAGCAAUGUACACUCUUGGAAAUGCGCAAUACCUAUACAGCUCGGUGCAUGGAAGCAGAGAACCAACUAUCAGAACUGCUUGCACAUGUACGACAAGUUCAGGCUGAUGCUGAAGAAGAAAGGCAAAGUGCACGUAAUCAAGUAUGUGCAUUGCAAGUCCCAUUGGAUGUAUAUUCUCAAGAAAACAGAAUACUCUCAGAAGGUACCACAAACAAGCAAAGCAUUAACAAUGUAGAGCUUGAUGGUUUACAAGCAGAAACUAUUUCAACUCGGAAAACUGUUGAAAGCGUAGAGAUUGAAAGUUCAGAUGGUGGUCAGCAACAUAUGGAGACUGUUGAGGAAGAAGAUAAGGAAGAUGAGCUGGAAAUCACAACUGAAAUGCAAAGUGCACAAGGCAAACAGCAGGUCAGAAGCCUCACGUAACAUACAAAACCAUUGCAGUAUAAUUGAAUUGGCUGAAGUAGUAGUGGUGGUGGCGGUGGCGGUGGCUGUGGUAGUUGUUGAUAAAAGCUGG